AGAACUUCCGGGUAGUGCUGGCUUCCCACCCAUGACAGACUCCCCUCUUGAUUUCUGGGUAUUGUAGUCCAUUUUGUUCGGUUUCCCGGCAAUAACCUGCUCCUAGUUACAGCUACCUUCGCCAUAAAAACUACAAAACCCAGAAUAUCGCGCAAGUUCCCCUCGUCCAAUAGGAACCCCCCAUGUAGCGAGGCGCGGAGGCCGGCUCUCGCAACUCAAGAUGGCGGACGAGAGUGAUACAGCAGUGAAGCCGCCGGUACCUCCGCUGCCGCAGAUGAUGGAAGGGAAUGGAAACGGCCAUGAGCACUGCAGCGACUGCGAGAACGAGGAGGACAACAGCUACAACCGGGGUGGUUUGAGUCCAGCCAAUGACACUGGAGCCAAAAAGAAGAAAAAGAAACAAAAAAAGAAGAAAGAGAAAGGCAGUGAGACAGAUUCAGCCCAGGAUCAGCCUGUGAAGAUGAACUCUUUGCCAGCAGAGAGGAUCCAGGAAAUACAGAAGGCCAUUGAACUUUUCUCAGUGGGUCAGGGACCUGCAAAAACCAUGGAGGAGGCCAGCAAGCGAAGCUACCAGUUCUGGGACACACAGCCCGUCCCCAAACUGGGAGAAGUCGUGAACACGCACGGUCCCGUGGAGCCUGACAAAGACAACAUCCGCCAGGAACCCUACACCCUGCCCCAGGGCUUCACCUGGGACGCCUUGGACCUGGGGGAUCGUGGUGUGCUGAAAGAGCUAUACACCCUCCUGAAUGAGAAUUACGUGGAAGACGAUGACAACAUGUUCCGAUUUGAUUAUUCCCCAGAAUUUCUUUUGUGGGCUCUCCGGCCGCCUGGCUGGCUCCCCCAGUGGCACUGUGGGGUUCGAGUGGUCUCAAGUCGGAAACUGGUUGGGUUCAUCAGCGCCAUCCCAGCAAACAUCCAUAUCUAUGACACAGAGAAGAAGAUGGUAGAGAUCAACUUCCUGUGUGUCCAUAAGAAGCUGCGUUCCAAGAGGGUGGCUCCAGUCCUGAUCCGUGAGAUAACCCGGCGGGUUCACCUGGAGGGCAUCUUCCAAGCUGUGUACACUGCCGGGGUGGUGUUACCAAAGCCUGUUGGCACCUGCAGGUACUGGCAUCGGUCCCUAAACCCACGGAAGCUGAUUGAAGUGAAGUUCUCCCACUUGAGCAGAAAUAUGACCAUGCAGCGUACCAUGAAGCUCUACCGACUGCCAGAGACUCCCAAGACAGCUGGGCUGCGACCAAUGGAAAAAAAGGACAUUCCAGUAGUGCACCAGCUCCUCACCCAGUACCUGAAGCAGUUUCACCUUACGCCAGUCAUGAGCCAGGAGGAGGUGGAACACUGGUUCUACCCCCAGGAGAAUAUCAUCGACACGUUUGUGGUGGAGAACGCAGACAGUGAGGUGACUGAUUUCCUGAGCUUUUACACACUUCCAUCCACCAUCAUGAAUCACCCGACCCACAAGAGUCUAAAGGCUGCUUAUUCUUUCUACAACGUUCACACCCAGACCCCUCUCCUAGACCUCAUGAGCGACGCCCUCGUUCUCGCCAAGAUGAAAGGGUUUGAUGUGUUCAAUGCACUGGAUCUCAUGGAGAACAAAACCUUCCUGGAGAAGCUCAAGUUCGGCAUAGGGGACGGCAACCUACAGUAUUACCUGUACAAUUGGAAGUGCCCCAGCAUGGGGGCAGAGAAGGUCGGGCUGGUGUUACAGUAACCAGUUGCCAAUGAGAUUCUGGAUAAAGCCACUGAGAAUUCAAACCAGGAAAUGGAGCGCCACCACUUGUUGGUCCAGUUUUCACAAACGUGAGAAUCCCUGGCAAAGGGAGCAGAACUGAACCGGCUUUACAAACCGCCGCUGAACUUGAUGACUGUAUUGCAUUGGCGUAGGCUGCCUGAUGUCACCUCUGGCCGUGUCUCUGGUCUCCCUGUUUUCCAGUUAAUCACAUCGUUAUGCAGCUGUGAUCAAGGGAAUGUAACUGUUGAAAACUAGCUCGUAAUUGGCAUAUUAUGGAGUUAACGGGUGAAUAAUAAAAGUAUAUAUAUAUUAUAUAUAUAUAAAUAUUUUAAA